AUGCUGGUGACCUAUUUGGAAGCCAGCCGGGACCUUUGCGAGACGGACUCAAUUCUCUUUGGCGCCGCACUGGCAGUCUGCCGUAUUAUAGGCGCCAAACUUUCCACGGCUGGACGCACUACUGGACAAAGUAGUGCUAUCCCAGCCUGGAGAACAAGAAUUGAAGAACGUAUCGCAAAGGCUAGGGCCCUCAUCGGCAGACUGAUAUGCUUCAGGUCAGGCAAUACCAGGCCAAGGAUUGUGCGCACCGUCAGGAUGGCGUUUGCUGGGACAAAUGUUAGUUUGUCCCAGCCGGAUAUAAUGCGAAAACUGACGGAGCGCAUAGACGACCUGAAGCAGAGAAUCGCUGCUUGGGGAAAGCGAAUUCGGCGAUAUACCGAGAGGUCGACACGGUUCAACCAGAAUCGUCUCUUCCAGAGUGAUCAGAAGAGGCUCUAUAAAUCAUUGGAGCGACCAAUGGUAAGUGGAACGGGCCCAGUACCGAAUCAGGCCGACACGGUCGCAUUCUGGCGCAGCCUGUGGUCAGAGCCCGUAAACCACAACGAGGGCCCUUGGACGGAAGUUGUGGCGAGUCAGUGUGCGGGUAUUACGCCUAUGGACCCCGUCACCAUAACGCCGGAUGACGUAGUUGAGGCGGUCCGUAGGGCCCCGAACUGGAAAAGUCCGGGACUCGACGGGCUGCAUCACUACUGGCUGAAGGGGUUCGUG